GGCAGCGUGGAUGGCUGCGGAAGAUAAACACACCGCGUUAAGUGAGGAGAAAUAGUAAAUUGUGGAGGAAAAUGUCGAUCUUAAGAGUGGUGGCGCGAUUGGGGUCGAAUAUAAGAAGAAUAAAUAAGGUUAAGGGAAUUGAGAUAUGUGGGAGUUAUACCGUUAUAUCUGCUCGAUGGAAGCACACACAGUAUACAGGCGUGAAGGGAUUACGGAGUAGAAAAUCAUUUUUUGAAAGCAACACUAAACCCACGGAUGGAGAUGAGGAGGGAGCAGAAGAAGAACUGGACUUGGAAAAUAGCCAAUACGACCUUAUAGCAAAUACCACAAUGCAUGUAACCAGACAAACUCAGGUCGAACAAAGCGUUCUUGUCAUUCAGCCAUACAUUAAAUGGGGUCCAAAGAAAAGUGCUACGGAUCCCGAUCUACAAUUACAAGAAGCAAUCGCUUUAGUUAACUCCUUACCGAACUGGUCGGUUGAAGAAAGCUUGAAGGUUCCUUUGGAGUCUUUAGGAAAGAAAGCCCUUUUUGGAAGCGGAAAAUUGCAGGAACUAAAAGACUUGGUCAGGAAAAUCCGAUCUAGCGGGAGAAAGCUCACUUCGAUAUUUAUAAGCAAAGGAACUCUGUCUUUUGCUCAAAAACAAUUUCUUGAGUAUGAGUUCGGUUUACCAGUCAUGGAUCGGUAUUCAGUCGUUAUUCAGAUACUUCGAUUGCAUGCAACUAGUGCUGAAGCUAAAUUGCAAGUUGCUAUGGCAGAAAUUCCUUAUAUUUGGACUCAGGUAAAGGACGCUAGUGUUUCAACCAACCGUCGCCAAGGCUACGCAUUGAGUGAUCUUCAAAAAGAGAUCCUUAGGACACGUGAAAGCAAGCUCAAAAGCGAACUAAUGAGGGUCCGAUCACAUCGGAAGCUUCUUCGAAACAAAAGGAAGCAAAAAGACUACCCGACAGUGGCGGUAGUUGGCUAUACAAACGCUGGUAAGACGUCAUUGAUAAAAGCUUUAACUGACGAACAAACUAUACAACCGAGAGAUCAACUCUUUGCCACUUUGGAUGUGACAGCGCAUGCUGGAGUUCUGCCAUGUAAUCUAGAAGUCAUUUUCAUGGACACUGUAGGAUUCAUGUCGGACAUACCGACUGGGUUGAUUGAAUGCUUUGUCGCGACUUUGGAAGAUGCGAUGAUGGCGGAUGUAAUCGUCCAUGUUCAAGAUGUAUCUCAUCCAAACCAUCUACAGCAAAAACUUCACGUUGAAGACACAAUUAAGUCGCUAGCACGCAACCCUCAAAUGGAAGAAGCUGGACCAAUUGACUCGCCUCGGAUAAUAAAUGUAGGAAAUAAGGUGGACUUACUCACUAGCAACCUCAGUUCUGCUCAAUUCGAUGAUCUGACCUUAGUAUCUUCAAAAACCCUCGUCGGGAUCAACCAGCUAAUGCUUGAAAUAGAAGAGAAAGUUCUUGAGGUCACGGGUAGGAUUAAAAUGCGGUUUUCUGUCCCGAGUGGGGGCGAAGAAAUGGCCUGGUUGUACAAGAAUGCAGCUAUUGUGGAUGUUGUCGGGAACCCAGAGAAGACUCAGUUUUCGAUAAUGAGUGCGAUAAUUACAAAUAGUAAGUUGGAACAAUUCAAGCAUCGAUUUAUGAAGCGGAGGUGAAAUAAGUGAAUGUGUAGAUUGUGUGUAAAUAAAUUAGAACAAUUUCCAAUCUGAAA